GAGAGAGAGAGAGAGAGAGAGUCUGUUCCAGCUCCAGCCCCGAGAGAGCAAGCAUAACUCAGCCGUGUUUGUGCUUCCCUAAUUCCUUUUGAUUUAGCAGAAAAUUGUGAGCUAAGCUGCAGCGCACAAAUAUUCACCAGAGCUUAGCUUUUUUGCCUAACCUCGCAGCCUCUUACAAAUCUGUACCCACUCUAGUCUUUGUGUUUGUGCGUGUGCCUGUUUCUGAAUAUGUUUGAAAGUGUGUGUGUGUGUGUGUGUGUGUGUGUCCCAUUCUGACAGCAGUUUGCCCGCCGAGCUCUAAGCAGAAAUACAAAUGUGUCUAAAAGGAGCUUAGCUUUAAACAGCAGCUUUGGCAUAAAUACUAGAAAUGUUUUCUCAAGCUUUUGAUGAAAUAGCAGUUUGCGACAGCUAUAGCUAAUUCUAAUAGUUUCAAUUCCGACAGGAAUUUCCUGAUUUGUUUACUUGUUUGUUAGCAUUGCUGGGUCAGCUGAAUCAACUGUUAAUCCAAUAUCACCAACACCCCAGACAAGUUCAAGUCUACGCUGAUAAAAACUGCAUAUGAACAAGUGAAGCGGUGGUUUUUGAGUUUAUGAAAGGUCUUGGGGUACUCUAACAUUUUUUUUUUAACUCUGUCAGGAGCCAUUCAAGGACAAAGAGAUACAUCAGAGAUUUGAUGAUGGAUGACAGCUCACUGCCAACUCUGAAGACACACACAAACACAUGGAAAGAAAGGUAAGGAUGGUCGCUCCACGGACAAUGUACAGUGUUUGUGUGUGUGCGUGUAUGCAUGCUGUAUUCCAGCGCUGUCUCAGCACUCUCCCUCUUACACAUGUGGUUCAUAUUUAAGCCAUAGUGCUGUUCCACUGGACGAUUUGGCUCUGUUCUCCCAGUCCCACAUUCCCAGCUUUUUUCUCUGACUUUCACUUCUGCUGUGCUUUAGGUGGUGUGAGGCUGCAGGCAUUACUUAAAUAAGCAACUGUGAUAAUAAAUUGAAUUUUGUCAAUUGUUUUACUUGCUUUCUUUAUUUAUGUAAUCAUUUGUCAGAGACAGCAUGUGUUAGUUCAUGUCAAUAUGAUUUAAAUGAGCCAAAAUUACACCAAAUUAUAAAGAGUCCCUGGCAGGUUGACGUUACACAUCAAGAACAGCAUGAAACAACAUCAUCAUACAGAGAAUAUUCAUAAUUAUAAUUACUAAUACUUGACAGUAAUAUCUGUGAAUACCAUAUCUCCUAUAACUAUAGCCUGUGUGUGACUACUGAUAUUAAUGAUUGUAUUUAAACAUAUUUAUGCAUACAGGAAAAUUGCCUGCAUUAAUUAUAAUCACUCUGUCUGUGGUUACAGAUGAACUCCUCACAUUAGGACCUGAACAGCAUCGUCACCCCUUCACCCCAGCACACACACACACACACACACACACACACACACACACACACACACACACACACACACACACACACACACACACAAAGACGCACCUCUAUCCAUCCAUCCCUCUUUAAUAUCUCCUUCCUAGUCAAACUCUGUAACCCCUAUCUGCCCAAUGGGCGAGAGGAGCCCUCCCUCAUGUCUCUCUCUCUCUCUCUCUCAGCUCUGACUCUGUCCAGCGCGCACUGAUAAAGGAGAGGUCCGGUACGAGGAUCGGAUCCAGCACAGAGCCGACAGAACCGCAGCCAGACACGCAUUUACCAACUUCUAGCUCCAGCUGCGAUUCGGACCUUAUUUCUGCCUCUGAACUGAGCAAAAACCGAGGAUAAGUGUUUGGGGGAGCUGACUGGAGAGGUGAAACAGCCGACACUUGUUGCUGGUCUGGUCAGGUAAACCUCCUGUCGGCAGGCAAAAGUGCUCAGCGGAGAGUCUGGUGCGCACAUGGCACCGAAAAAGCGCUCCUCACACUCCUGACAGACGCGCAACAUGGAGCCACACACACUGGAUAACGAGGCCUGCUGUAUGUGUGCUUAACCUACUUCACAUCAAAUAUUAUCUAUUAAAGUUGGACAUUUUCUUCUGCAAUCUUAAUUUUCUGGGGGGCGGGCAAAAAAAAAGAAAAAAAAAAAAUCAGAAAAGCCAUGCUGGGCAUUGUGAGCCUCCGGGCAGCCCGGAUUCGCAGCUGUGGUUCACCGGGAGUCAGACUCUCAUCCCGGUCUCCGUCAUGCCAAAACCCCGGUGCCAGCUCGAGGAUUUACUGUGCGUGUCUGUUGCUGCUGCUGCUCGUCACCCCUCGAGUGGACUCUUCAUGGUGGUACAUUGGUGCACUUGGCGCCCGUGUGAUCUGUGACAACAUCCCAGCCUUGGUGAACAAGCAGCGGCAGCUCUGCCAACGCCACCCAGACAUCAUGCAGGCCAUCGGUGAGGGCACAAAGGAGUGGAUCAGAGAGUGCCAGCACCAGUUCAGACACCAUCGCUGGAACUGCAGCACACUUGAACGUGACCACACCGUGUUUGGACGCGUCUUGCUACGGAGCAGUCGUGAAGCAGCGUUCGUCUACGCCAUCUCCUCAGCAGGAGUGGUGUAUGCGCUUACUCGCGCUUGCAGCCAAGGUGAGCUGAAGACAUGCAACUGUGAUCCCCACAAGCGUGGACGGGCCAGCGAUGAGAGAGGAGAAUUUGAUUGGGGUGGCUGCAGUGAUAAUAUCAACUACGGGAUAAAGUUUGCCAAAGCUUUCAUAGAUGCCAAAGAGAAGACUGUCCGAGAUGCACGGGCACUCAUGAACCUACACAACAACCGCUGUGGCCGAACAGCAGUGAAGCGUUUCAUGAAGCUGGAGUGUAAAUGUCACGGUGUGAGUGGCUCAUGCACACUGCGGACAUGUUGGAUGGCCAUGUCAGACUUCAGGAAGACCGGUGACUACCUGAGGAGGAAAUACAACGGGGCCAUCGAGGUGACAAUGAAUCAGGACGGGACAGGCUUCACUGUAGCUAAUAAAGCCUUCAGGAAGGCCACCAAGAACGACCUGGUCUACUUUGAGAACUCUCCGGAUUAUUGCCUGCAAGACAAAGCAGCAGGUUCCCUGGGCACGGCCGGGCGGGUCUGCAAUAAGUCAUCACGCGGCACCGACGGCUGUGAGGUCAUGUGCUGCGGGCGGGGCUACGACACCACCAGAGUCACACAAAUCACCAAGUGUGAGUGCAAGUUCAAAUGGUGCUGCGCUGUGGAGUGUAAGGACUGCGAGGAAGCUGUGGACAUACACACGUGCAAGGCCCCCAAACGAGCCGAAUGGUUGGACCAGACCUGAGGACACACCCCUUCCGCCCCCUGUAAUGCAACCCCACCCUUUUCCCCUUUGCAGGUCAUCCUGUGGAAUGUGGCAUUCUGGGAAAGUUUGUCUGAAAGUGCUCUGCAUCUCCGCCCUCCCCUGCCCCUGUCUCGGUUCAUCAUUGCAUGGCUUUUCUACUUGUUUCUGUGAAAGCACUAGAAUUCAGUACCCAUCAAUAUGAAUAAAUACCCAUUAGCCCCUGUUUGUGAGACUGAACUGCUGGGAUCAGAUGAUGAACAGUGCAACAAGUGAAAACUCUGGGGUUUGGACGGAUUGGGCUUUUAUCAAAGAUUCAGUCCAGAUGGACUUUUUUUCUAGCGUGUGGUUCUGGGUUAAAAAUGGUUUGCUGCUUUCAUGAUGCUUUAAAGACACAUUUUCACAUAAACUGAGCCUUCAAACGUAUCCAGUAUUAUUACAACAACAUCAUAUAUUCACAUAAUUUUCUUUCUUUUGGGGGGGGAAAUACACUUUAAUCUACCAAAACGAAUGCUUGGUUUGACUUUGGGAAGUAGCUUGAAAAGUGCACUUUGAGAAGUGGACAUCUAAGUGUUUGGCUCUGUGUGGUCAAACAGAAGUCCAGGCAGAGGACUACCAGAGGACAGGGAGAUGGACACCAGAUGAAUAAAUGGAC